UAUCAGAUGACAUCGACAAAUUUAAAAACAAUGUGUUGCAAUAUCAGGAUAAUAUUAAUUUUAUUAUUAGUAGCAUUGUGUAAUUGCUAUCCAACUGAUACAACAUCUGCCAGUGUGAACUGUGAAUAUAAAUGUGUUCAAUUCGAAGAUUGCGAAGGCGAUGUAUAUUUAGCUGAAAGGUUCGAAACAACCGAACAUGUGAAAUAUUGCAACGAAGCAGAGAACACAGUAUGUUGUCAGGAUGAGGAACCCAAUCGCAAUAUAAGUUUUUCUGAAAAGCAGUGUUUGGCAUAUUCAACAAUAGACGGCUUUUGCCCAACAAGACUGCUAAUAAGUAAUUCUGUGACAGCAGUUGAGAAUGAAUUUCCCUUUAUGGCCUUAAUAGAAGUGAAAAAUAAAAGUACGGAUUACACAUUAGUCUGCGGAGGGGCAUUAAUAGAUAAAAUGUAUGUACUAACGGCAGCACAUUGCUUCGAUAGUACAAGAAAUUAUCCAGAGUAUGAGAUAUUUGUUCGGCUGGGAGCCCAUAAAAGAACUUCAUCUGGCACACGAUAUAAGGCCAUAGAAACUGUACAUCCCGAUUAUUCAAGCGAUGCUACAGCAGAUCUUUCUCUUUUAAAAUUGAAUAUGUCGGUAAAUAUAUUAACAAAUAAAGUAAAGCCGGCUUGCAUAGCGCAGAAUUCUUCAAGUGCUAACGGAGAAUAUAAAGUCGCUGGAUGGGGCUAUGUUAACAAAAAUCAGCUAGCGGAUAAUUUGAAAACAGGAUGGUUGGUUUCUGUGAAUAUUACAAAGUGUGAAAACCUGGAUGUAGAAUUAAACGAGAAUAGACACAUUUGUGCAAAGCCACACCAUAAGUUUGGAGAUGUUUGUGAAAAUGACUCUGGCGGUCCGUUAUUUACUCCUUAUUUAAACCUUGCUAAUUGCCUUUUUGAAAUAUAUGGUGUUGUUUCUAGCGGUGGCAAUUGUAACAAUAACAAUUCAUACACACGUCACACCAGAGUUUCCUAUUAUCGUGAUUGGAUUGAAAACGUAGUAUGGCUAAAAAGCAAUAAUUAA